AUGCUCCGCCGCAAACCCACCACCAUCACCCUCACCUCCGCGGACCUGGAGCUCUACGAAGCCAACCGCCAGCGCAAGCUCUGGGAGAAGCAGCAACAGCAGCGCCAGGCCUCCCAGUCGACCGAGGGCUCUGACGAGGGCAAGGCGCAGGCUACGAACGGCGCGGCAGUCCCGCAGCAGAAGAGCCAGAAGGAUCGCAUUAUGGGAGGGCAGCCAGUCCCGGGUAAUUGA